CCCUGCACAAAGAAGCAAGGCAGAGGCUUUCUAAGAGCAGAAUGAGAAGAUGGCAAGCCCGCCAUACUUACCAGGUCCAGACAACCUCCGCCUUUUUACCCGUGAAUCUCUUGCUGCAAUAGAACAGCGGAUUGCUGAGGAGGAAGCGCUCAAGUUAAAGCGGCAGCAUGUGGAAGUGCUGGAUGAAGAAGAACGAAAGGCCAGUAGUGAUCUGGAAGCUGGAAAGAGCCUUCCACUUAUUUAUGGGGACCCACCUCCAGAACUCAUCGGGGUGCCUCUAGAAGACCUAGACCCUUUCUACAGAGAUCAAAAGACAUUCAUAGUCCUAAACAAAGGGAAAUCAAUCUUCCGAUUCUCAGCAACCCCUGCUGUCUACAUGCUGGGACCCUUCAACCCCAUCAGAAGAGGUGCCAUCAAAGUGCUUAUACAUUCAUUAUUCAGUAUGUUCAUCAUGAUCACCAUUUUAACCAACUGUGUGUUUAUGACGAUGAACGACCCCCCGCCGUGGUCCAAGAAUGUGGAAUACACCUUCACUGGAAUAUAUACCUUUGAGUCCAUGAUAAAGAUCCUAGCAAGAGGGUUUUGCAUUGACAGUUUUACAUUCCUGCGAGAUCCGUGGAACUGGCUGGAUUUCAGUGUCAUUGUUAUGGCUUAUACCACAGAGUUUGUGGAUUUGGGAAAUAUCUCUGCUUUAAGAACGUUCCGUGUCCUCCGUGCACUGAAAACAAUUACGGUAAUUCCAGGACUGAAGACCAUUGUUGGAGCCUUGAUGCAGUCCGUGAAGAAGCUCUCCGAUGUCAUGAUACUCACAGUCUUCUGUCUCAGCGUGUUUGCACUUAUUGGUCUUCAGUUGUUCAUGGGGAACCUUCGGCACAAAUGUGUCAGGUGGCCACCCCCUUUCAAUGAGACUAUGCAAGAAGACAUCUUUGGAAUGGACAAUGACACCUUUGUGAAUGCAACACUCUAUGGCAACCUGACUGGAUCUGGUAACAAUACCUUCGAUUAUGAUGCUUAUAUGAAUGAUGAAGGGAAUUUCUACUUCCUGGAGGGAGCGCUUGAUGCCCUGCUCUGUGGGAAUAGCAGCGAUGCUGGGAAGUGCCCUGAAGGCUAUGAAUGUAUGAAAGCAGGAAGGAACCCAAACUACGGCUACACUAGUUAUGACACAUUUAGUUGGGCUUUCCUUGCUCUCUUCCGCCUCAUGACUCAGGAUUACUGGGAGAACCUCUUCCAGCUGACUCUACGUGCAGCUGGGAAAACUUACAUGAUCUUCUUUGUUCUGAUUAUAUUCCUCGGUUCCUUCUACCUCAUCAACCUGAUCCUGGCUGUGGUAGCCAUGGCAUAUGCAGAGCAAAAUGAUGCUACUGCACUGGAAAUACAGCAGAAGGAGGAGGAGUAUCAGAAGCUCCUGGAACAGCUGAAAAAGCAUCAGGAGGAACAAGCAAAAAUGUUAAAAGACCGUAAGUUAAGUGCUUGCUCUGCGACUCAGAAAAAGAAGGGCGACUCGGACCAAGAAGCGGACAGCGACCAAGACAAACUGAAAGACUGCAAUGGCAGAGUUGUCCCCAAGGUUGUACUGGAGCGAUCUGCUACAGUAAGGGAAUGCAAUCCCACCGAUGACCAAGAUAAAUUGGAUUAUAACCACCUGACAGCAGGCCCACAAGAUGGGCCCAGCCUUCAGAAGAAAGCAGAGAGUGUUACCAGUAUUAUCUCUAGCACCAUGGAAGAGUUAGAGGAAGCUCGCAGGACGUGCCCACCCUGGUGGUAUAAAUUUGCCAAAAUUUUCCUUGUCUGGGACUGCUGUCUUCCGUGGCUGAAACUGAAGGCGUUUGUUAAGCUGAUAGUGCUGGACCCUUUUGUCGACCUGGGGAUCACCAUCUGCAUAGUGCUCAACACACUGUUCAUGGCCAUGGAACACUAUCCGAUGACUGAAGAGUUUGAGAAUGUGCUGACUGUGGGGAACCUGGUCUUUACUGGGAUCUUCACUGCUGAGAUGGUUUUAAAGCUCAUAGCUUUGGACCCAUAUGACUACUUCCAGCAAGGGUGGAACAUAUUUGACAGUAUCAUCGUCACCCUGAGCUUGGUGGAGCUGGGCCUGGCUAACGUGCAGGGGCUCUCUGUGCUCCGAUCUUUCCGUCUGCUCAGAGUUUUCAAGCUUGCCAAGUCCUGGCCAACCCUCAACAUGCUCAUAAAGAUCAUAGGCAACUCAGUGGGCGCUCUCGGGAACCUCACCCUUGUGCUGGCCAUCAUUGUCUUCAUCUUUGCUGUUGUGGGCAUGCAGCUGUUUGGGAAGAGCUACAAGGAGUGUGUGUGCAAGAUCUCCUCUGACUGCACACUGCCCCGCUGGCACAUGCAUGACUUCUUCCACGCCUUCCUCAUUGUCUUCCGCAUCCUGUGCGGAGAGUGGAUUGAGACCAUGUGGGACUGCAUGGAGGUGGCAGGCCAAGCCAUGUGCCUUAUCGUCUUCAUGUUGGUGAUGGUCAUUGGGAACCUCGUGGUCCUGAACCUGUUCUUAGCUUUGCUGCUGAGUUCCUUCAGUGCUGAUAGCCUUGCAGCUUCUGAUGAUGAUGGAGAGAUGAACAAUUUGCAGAUUGCUAUUGGCAGGAUCACCAGGGGGAUUGACUUUGUAAAGAAAACUAUCCUAAUGCUACUUCACAGGCAGUGGAAGGAGAAGAAAGACCCAGAUGAGGAGCAAGAGGAGAGUAAGACAGACAACUAUGUCCUAAACCAUAUGGACUCUGGCCAGGAUUCCAAGUCGGAUUUUAUGGAUGGAGUAGCUGGGAAAGAGCAUAUAGAUAUCUCUGUGGAUAAGGUGGAUCACAUGAAUUUCAUUAAUAACCCCAACCUGACUGUCCAAGUGCCAAUUGCCUCAGAGGAAUCUGACCUCUACGAGGAUGAAACAAGCACCCAGUCUGACACAGAAGACACCAAGAAGCCGCUGUCCCACGGGAGCACAUCGUCCAUGGGUAGCACCGUAGAUUACAAGCCACCAGUAGUUGAGGUGGAGGAGGUUGUGGAGGAGGCUGCAGAGGGCACCGAGCCUGAAAACUGCUUCACCGAGGCUUGUGUGCAGAGGUUUCCCUUCCUUUAUGUCGACAUCACAACUGACAAAGGGAAAAUAUGGUGGAACCUUCGGAAAACCUGCUUCAAGAUCGUUGAACACAACUGGUUUGAGACCUUCAUCAUCUUUAUGAUCCUCCUCAGCAGCGGAGCACUGGCUUUUGAAGACAUCUAUAUCGAGCAGCGCAAAGUCAUACGUACCAUCCUGGAAUAUGCUGACAAGGUCUUCUCCUUUGUCUUCGUCAUUGAGAUGCUGCUCAAGUGGGUGGCCUAUGGCUUCAAAGUGUAUUUCACCAAUGCCUGGUGCUGGCUGGAUUUUCUCAUUGUUGAUGUUUCCAUUAUCAGCUUGACAGCAAACUGGUUGGGAUACUCAGAACUGGGAGCCAUCAAGUCACUGAGGACUCUGAGAGCUUUGAGACCUUUGCGAGCUCUGUCCAGAUUUGAAGGCAUGAGGGUAGUAGUAAAUGCCCUGCUGGGAGCCAUCCCCUCCAUUAUGAAUGUCUUGCUGGUCUGUCUGAUCUUCUGGCUGAUAUUCAGCAUCAUGGGUGUGAACCUGUUUGCAGGGAAGUACUACCGGUGCAUCAACACCACCACAGACGAGCUCUUUGAUAUCGAAGUGGUGAAUAAUAAAAGUGACUGCUUGGCCCUCCUUGAUACCAACCAGGUCCGAUGGGUGAAUGUCAAGGUCAACUUUGACAAUGUUGGGUUAGGCUACCUCUCCCUGCUGCAGGUGGCCACCUUUAAAGGCUGGAUGGACAUCAUGUAUGCAGCGGUGGACUCCCGUGAGAUUGAAGAGCAGCCACUGUAUGAGACCAACAUCUACAUGUACAUCUACUUCGUCAUCUUCAUCAUCUUUGGUGCCUUCUUCACUCUCAACCUCUUCAUUGGGGUCAUCAUUGAUAACUUUAAUCAGCAAAAGAAAAAGUUUGGAGGAAAGGACAUCUUCAUGACAGAAGAGCAGAAGAAAUACUAUAAUGCCAUGAAAAAGCUGGGAUCAAAGAAACCCCAGAAGCCAAUCCCCAGGCCCCAGAACCAAAUUCAAGGCGUGGUGUAUGACUUUGUAACAAAGCAAGUGUUUGACAUAACUAUCAUGGUCCUGAUUUGUCUUAACAUGGUGACCAUGAUGGUUGAAACAGAUGACCAAAGUGAAGCCAAAAUCGAAAUUCUCCAGACUGUCAACCUGAUUUUCAUCAUCAUCUUCACUGGCGAGUGUGUGCUCAAAAUGUUUGCCCUGCGCUACUAUUACUUCACCAUUGGCUGGAACAUCUUUGACUUUGUGGUAGUCAUUCUCUCCAUUGUAGGUCUCGUCCUUUCAGAUGUCAUUUCGAAAUAUUUUGUGUCACCCACCCUCUUUAGGGUGAUUCGGCUGGCCAGGAUUGGGCGUGUUCUUCGUCUAAUCAGAGGAGCAAAAGGAAUCCGGACUCUGCUCUUUGCCCUCAUGAUGUCCCUACCAGCUUUGUUCAACAUUGGACUUCUGCUCUUCCUGGUGAUGUUUAUCUACUCUAUCUUUGGGAUGUCCAACUUUGCCUAUGUGAAGAAGGAGUCUGGGAUUGAUGACAUCUUCAACUUCGAAACUUUUGGUAACAGCAUCAUUUGUUUGUUCCAAAUCACUACAUCAGCAGGAUGGGAUGGCCUCCUCAACCCUAUCCUGAACAGCGGCCCUCCAGACUGUGACCCCCAUUUGGAGAACCCUGGCAGUUCAGUGAAAGGAAACUGUGGGAAUCCAUCUAUGGGCAUCUGCUUUUUCUGUAGCUAUAUCAUAAUUUCUUUCCUGAUUGUCGUGAACAUGUAUAUUGCCAUCAUUCUUGAGAACUUCAAUGUUGCUACAGAGGAGAGCAGUGAACCCCUUUGUGAAGAUGACUUUGAGAUGUUUUAUGAAACAUGGGAGAAAUUUGAUCCAGAUGCCACCCAGUUUAUCACGUACAGCACCUUAUCUGACUUUGUCGACACCUUACAAGAGCCACUUAAAAUUGCCAAGCCAAACAAAAUUAAAUUGGUCACCAUGGAUUUACCAAUGGUCCCCGGGGACAAAAUCCACUGUUUGGAUAUUCUGUUUGCUCUGACAAAAGAAGUCUUGGGUGACUCAGGAGAAAUGGAUGCUUUGAAAGAAACAAUGGAGGAGAAAUUUAUGGCUGCAAAUCCAUCCAAGGUUUCCUAUGAACCCAUCACUACAACUUUGAAAAGAAAACAUGAAGAAGUAUGUGCCAUAAAAAUCCAAAGAGCCUUCCGCAGGUACCUUCUAAAGCGGUCUGUGAAACAAGCCUCCUACCUGUACAGGCAUAGUAAAGAGGUGGACACCCUAUUGGAAGAAGCACCAGAGAAAGAAGGACUGAUUGCAAGCAAAAUGAACUGGAAUUAUGGGACAGGAGAAGUAGAAACAGCUCCAACCCUGUCUCUUAAACCAGUUCUAAGCUCAGAGACUCCGGGUGCUCCCAGUGAAGCAAAAAAAUUGGAUGAGAAACGUAAUGUGAAAGAAUCAUUUGUAUAAUAGAAGUUAUUUUUCAUCUUACUUUCAUUGCCCAGCCUGAAAAGACUCCAUUUGUAUCUCUUCCUGCAAAGAACACUUUCAUAUCCAUAUCUGUAGAUUAUAGACAUUUGAGCUAAUGAUGUAUGUUACCACAUUUCAGAUAUUUAAAGGAUACAUCUUAACUUUUUUAAUUGAAUCUCUUAUUGGGGAUAGUUUUUAUAAUUCACCACAACUGUGCAACAAGUUUAGUAUUUUUCUUAUGAGGUAAAUGUGAAAUCUGUUGCUGGUGAAAGUGAAACAUUUAAAUUUUUUAAAUGAUCUAAUCUUCGUAACAGUGGCCCAAAUGCAAUUCCCCCUUAGGCUAAGUGGCACGUAAGUGCCUAAAGGUAGAUAUAUAUGUUGCCUUAAGUGCUGCUUACCUUGAUUUUAGAUCUUGCUUCUACAUGCACUAGAUUUGUCCUUCUGUAAGCCCCCAAAACAUUAAUUACCGAAAAACCACUACUGGCCGUCAUUUCCAGAAGAUGACCAUCUUGUCUCUUUUAGCCCAAUAGCCUAAUGGUUAUAAUACUUGCUCAGGAAAUAGGAAACUUGGGCUCUAUGCCUUCCAUGACCACAUCCCCACAUGCAGGGGUGUGCACUUGCAGCAGCACAAAAAGUAGCAGCACAAAU